CAAUUAAAGCCCGACAAGUUCGAGGAGGUCAGCCAGCAGAUCAACUUCCUACUGCUUUUGGUGAACCGUUUCGCUGAGGCGAAGCUCAGCCCAAUGGAGUUCGCCUACCUCAAACUCGUCUCGUUCACUUCAAAUGACAUUCCGACAUCAACGUGUGCCAGUGACACACGACCCCUGAACGUGACCGCCUGCCAGGAGCUGUACGAGCAUGUGAUGGCGUCGUCGUCGAACGAUGAUUCGACUUCUGAAGACAAUGAGACCCACGUGACGGCGACCUCGGUUGGCGCAGCUAUCGAGAGGUACUCCCGAUUACUACAGCUGCUGCCGAAUCUGCGAUGGUUCCGCGAAUCGGUGCUCGUCGAGCUGUUCUUUUCCGGUCUAAUAGGGAACCUUUCAAUCGAGACGGUGAUCCCGUUCGUGUUGAAGAUGGAUGUGAUGAACGUAUUCGAGCCAUCCCAAGGCUCUGACUCCAUCCUCCCCAGCGCUAGUUUGGCCCGUAUCCUCUCCGGCAACUAG